UGCCACUUCGUCAUUUUUUCAGUCGCCAUUGUUCUCGUUCUCGGCCCUCGAAUUUGUGGAAAUAAACUCAGUUUCCUAUAAAUUCGUUGCAAUAAAUACAAUAGCGAAUUACAAAAAACACAAUAGCAAUAGUGCAAGAGCAGUGCGCGUAAUCCAGUGAUACAUUUACAGUAAUCAGACCGCGCAAGUCGAAGAAACAGUCAACGCAAAGCAGCCAGGCAAAGGCAGAAAUCAAAUCGAAUAUUUGUUCGUGGCAAAUAUAAAUUCUUGUGAAAAAGCCCCAUAAUGUCAUCUGUGAAUCCCGAAUACGAUUAUCUCUUCAAAUUGUUGCUGAUUGGCGACUCCGGCGUUGGAAAGUCCUGUCUGCUGCUGCGUUUUGCCGAUGACACAUAUACAGAGAGCUAUAUCAGCACAAUCGGUGUAGAUUUUAAAAUUAGAACCAUAGAACUGGACGGAAAGACCAUUAAACUGCAAAUCUGGGAUACUGCUGGUCAGGAGCGCUUCCGUACCAUCACUUCUUCAUACUACCGUGGCGCACAUGGUAUUAUUGUUGUCUAUGACUGCACGGAUCAGGAGUCUUUCAACAAUGUGAAGCAGUGGCUCGAAGAGAUCGAACGAUAUGCUUGCGAGAAUGUCAACAAGCUGCUGGUGGGCAACAAGAGCGAUUUGACCACCAAGAAAGUUGUUGAUCAUACCACAGCUGCGGAGUAUGCAGCUCAGUUAGGCAUUCCAUUUCUCGAAACUUCGGCCAAGAGCGCCACCAACGUGGAGCAGGCCUUCAUGACGAUGGCGGCUGAGAUCAAGAAUCGCGUCGGGCCGCCAUCCAGUGCCACCGACAACGCUAGCAAGGUGAAAAUCGAUCAAGGACGUCCAGUGGAAAAACCCAAUUCCGGUUGCUGCUGAAUAACUCUGAUUGUGAAUCAUUAUUUUAUUAUACAAUUAAACAAAAUUUAAAUAUAAUAAAUUAAAACGGAAAACACACCACAACAACAAUAAUAAAAAGGAAAAAAACUAAAGCGUAAUAACAAAACCAUAAUUAUAAUAUCGGAUUCUGUAAUAGCUAUAAUGAAUUAUGAUACGAUGAUACGAUACGAGGAUGCGUUUGAGCAUAUUGAGUAGAGAUGCGUUUGUAUGAUUCCGAUCCGUGGACACGAGAGUACACACACAAACACACAUUAAGAAAAUAUAUUUGUAAUAGGUAUGUAGCCAACAAAAAUUCCACACAAAACAUCCCCAAUGCACCACCCCCAUUCACAUGGCUGGACACUGAUACUACUAAACGUCUUUUUCUGUUUUCUGUUCCAAUCCGUUUCUGUUCAUACAUAAGUAGUGCCAGACAAAACGGUGUAGCAAUUAACUUAAUCUAAAUCUAACCUAACUUAAGAGAGUUACUUAUCACAGCAGCGCGAAACGAUACUAACUUAGAUUACACACAAACACACACACACACACCAUACGUGAUACAUAAUGAUCUGCGUUGCCUCUCUUGGAGCGUAAUGCGAGGAGCAAGCAAGCGAGAGCCACAUUUACAUCGGAUCUGCUCCUACCUAGACCUAUCUACUAUGUGUGUGUGUGUCUGUUUGUGUUUGUUUGAAACAUAUUUAUCUCUGGCGCACGCCAAGUGCGCUCUCGCCCACUUGUCUCUGUCAUAUUCAAAAUUGUAUGUAAAUCAAAACGACGAACACUUUUAGCAUUAACAAAAGCAAAAAACAAAUUGUGUGUAUUUGUAUUUUCGAGUGACGCGAUGGAUUUGUGUAGGCACAUAAUUAGUGUAAUAAUAAUGAAGAUUUACUGAUGAAGUUUAAUAAAAUUGCGUGAGCGUAAAAUA